AUGAAUGAAGAUACCUCCAAGUUUGGAAAAAAGGGAAAAGACCAUCUUGAGAAAGACGAGAAGAACGAUAAAAAGUGGGCAUUUGGCGGCGGCUCUGACGAUGAGUUGAAAAAAGCGGCCGCCGACUCACCAAAGAGACGGUGAGAACUCGCGCCUUUCCUGGCAAUUCGCCCGGGAAAAUUUGCGGGCAACUACUUUGUUCCGAAGCAAAUGAGUCAUUUACUCACAACUUGUUGAAAAAUUUUCGAAAAUGAACUCUUCGGGGAAAAGCUUUUUAGGUAGGCACAUCGUAAGGAAGGUCGUUUAACCUUGCAUUUUUUUAAGUUUUUCUUAAAAAAAAAUAAAAAUUUUUUAUUUUUCCUUUUUAAGGACUUUUUUUAAGAACCCAAAGUUGAUACAACUGGGCGCUAGUAAAUCGUAAUAAAUUUCUAGGCAAUAUUCGAAAAUUUCGAAGUACAGAUUAAAUUCCUUGACAAAAAAAUUUUUAGAGUAUUUUUUUGUAAGAUUAGAAAGCUCUUCAUUUAUAAAUUACCUUGUUCACAGACUCAUUUCAUUAUUUUUAAUAAACGCCUGAUAAAUGAAACGCUACGUGUUUUUUUCUUCUACCCAAGUUGAUAAUUUAGAACAAACCUGAGACUUUUGCUGCACUUUCUGUCCUACAUGGAAGUCCUACAUCAUUUUUCAUGGUAGGCGAACUUAACUGAGCUUUCAACCUGAAAUAAUUGAUGAUAAAAAAAGGCUAUGACCGCGGUGCGAAGCAAAUAAAUUUAAAAAAAAAAAAACUAUAUAAAAAAAUUUUUUUCAAAUCUAAAUUCUGCAAUUUGAAGCUUGGAUUGUAAAUGUCGUGAACUAUUGCGCAUUUUGUGCAAAUGUGUACGCGUAUCUUUCCUCUACAGCGAUGGGCUGAGAAUUAAAAUUUUUCAAAAUUCUUGCUGCUCAUCCGUGACGUCAUGAUCGAUAAUUAAUUGACCUAACUUCAUUAAAAAUUUUUGAAAUUGAAAAACAAAAAUGGACAAAAAUACGACAAAAUCACGGCUAGGAUCCAUUUCUCCUUUAUUUUUAUAGCCUCGGCUAUCAUGACUUCUCGAGCGGAAACCAUAUAGCUUUUUUUAUAGGCUAUAACUUUGGAAGCUAACUUCCGUCCCGGAGAACUUUCUCUUUUUUCUCUCCGAAAGAGUAGAAAAGAUGGAGCUGAAAUGAUAUUUUGCAAGAACUUUUAAUUAUAGUCUUUCAACAGGUCUUACUUGUUUUUUUCCAAAAUCUGUGCAAUCAGAAAGCCGAUUUCAUAAUUUACUCAAUAUUGUUAUUAAAUUUGUCUUUGAUGUCCUUCAGUCCAAAAACGAUUCCAACGAUCAGGUUGCAAGACGAGUUCAUCUGAGCCGUCGCCUUAAUUAGUGUUCUUCAUUCGUUUCUUUAUAUCUUCUCUUACCUCUUUUCUGCAGCAGAUUCAAGGAAAAUGUUUUGUCAACUUGGUUUUUUAGUUUUUAUCAGCGAUAAUCCCCGAUUGCGAUCGUGACCUUAUGUUUCGUUAUUUAAGGUUCGGUUUCUGCAGUUCUCGACCAGAUUGAGAAGCCUAAGCCAUAAUAAAAUUCACGUUUUUGAAAUUUUUCCUUUUUUUAUAACUUCAAAAAAACUUAUAUUUCAAGUUUCAGCAGGUGUGCGAUUUGAUAACUUUAUUUGAUACAAAAUGACGUUGUUAGUCUAAAUCUGAAGACAAAACUGUUCUAAACCUUCUAGAAAAAUAGUUAUACGUCUUUUAAUGAUUUUCCCAUUUUGAAAAUUUCGAUUUUUAUAAUUUCAAAUCGUUAUAUUUCCAGUUCUAGGAGGUGUGCAGCUGAGAUUUCCAGCUCAUUUCAAUCCUCAGGAUGUCCUUUAUCGAUUUUGAUAGGUCUCGACCAGAUUCGUUACCAUGACCUAAAAAUCAAAACUGAAAAAAUCCAUUCCGUGUAAAAUCUUCACUCGAAGUGGUCGCUCUCAUUCUGAGGCUUCCACCUAGAGCACGGUCUCCGGGCUCCAGCUCAACAUCCACAACAUUCUGAGCUCGUCAAGGCGCAACUGGAUGGACUACGCGCAGAAGGACGAGACGAAGGACCGUAAGACCAUGCUUUCAACUCUUUCGACUACACGUUUGGACUUCUAGUUCGCCAAAGGCGGUUGUUCGUUAUAGCUUUGAAAGUUCUUGUUCACCGCCUAGUCGAUUACAUCAGACUAAAACAACAAAAUAAAUGAUUUGAUUGAUUGAUUGAAAGGGGUUAGACUGCAAAAUUUUCAUUUUUUAACCUCAUCAGCAAGUUCGAUUUGGCUCUAUUAUUUUUCUACAACAAGACAAAAAAGAAUUGAAAAACCGCGGAAAAAAAACUAGAGAGCCCAAAAAUUAAAAAUUUUAGAGUUCAAAAAUUUUUUUGUGUCUCCACUAGCUCUACCUUUUGCGUCAUGUGACCCAAACUCGAAUGCUGAGCAGGGUAACCCCGCCGUGCUAACACGGGGUCUCAGCGGGUGCCCCCGUAUUAAACCCGUAAAAGCCCAGCUGAUAGAACUUUUGGCAAUUUUUAGCCCAACUGAGACCCCGCUUUAGCACAGCUGGGUUACAUAUUUUUCUUACACCCGUUGUUCCCCCGUUUUAGCCCAACUGAGACUAAAAUAACCUCAGAAACACGGGUUUAAUACGGGUACACCCGUUGAGACACCUGAUCAGCAUGCGAGAAGUUUUAUUCAAAAAAAAUUGCAUUCUUUGAAAAAAAAAAACGUGAGCCCAUUUUCUUGACGAAAAAAAAUAACCUUCACGAUAAACCACGUGGCAACGUGUCAUUUCUUAUUUUAUGACCUGGGAUCAAUCAUCAUUUCUCCUUUCCACACGAUUCCGUCUCGCUUCUUCAACGUCAAGAUAAGUUUUGAGCCUUCAUAAAAGUUCUAACUGUCAAAAUAGUUUUCUGAGUUAUAAGCGCUAGUAGAUUAGGCCCGCGGGACUCCCGGAGUGCCGAUCCUUUUUGCUUGCAAACUGGAUACGCAAAGUCAAGCUGAAGCCCAUUCCAGUGGCCGAAGCAGAAACUGUUGGCAGCGCGAUGCUGACAAAGCGAUGAUGGGACCCCCGCGGAAAAUGCCGUCACGGCCUUCGGCGUCUAGGAUUAGUUAUGACAAGGCCGAGCGGAGCUCUAGCGCACCGCCUAGUUAGUUCUUCUGAAUGCAUAAAGCUUUCCUAACUUACUUAAGAAUUUACAUAGCUAAUCAGUCGAAAAAUUGUGAUUCUAAUGAUGAAAUCGACUUGCUUUUUUCAAUCUUGAACUUAUUGCAGAUGCUUACAACGAACUUGACCGGAUCAGUCCAUGAAGGCUCAACGACAACUUCAAAUAGUGCAGUUUGAUAUCUAAACAAUUGUUUUUCAAUCACUUUUCCUUCAGAAAAGACGUCUGGAGGAAACCACUUCGAGUUGGAAAAUGAAUCUUUCAACUACUAAUGGAACACUUGACGCGAGGUUUGAACAUUUUAAAAUUUUUAUGAUGAAAAAAAAGCGCUUAACAUUAUGAAUAUUGAAUUAAACCCAGAAAAACCUUGAUCCGACAGCAUAGGCAAAGUCGGAAAGGGGGCUCUACAGAAAAUUCCCUUUUAGGGUCACAAAAGAUCUUUUUUUGCUUUUUUUGCGCCAUUUCAUCGGUUCUUAUGCACAAUUUUUGCUGCCUCUCUCUUUUUACACUAUUUCUUGAGCCCUUAAGAUUCCAGAAACAAUAUAAGGCUCGAUGAAGGGAUCCUUUGUCUGCCGUUUUGCGGCCUUUUUUGAUUCUCUCCUUUUUAACGGCCAUUAUCCACCAUUUCGACUUUGCCCGAGAUAUAUAAACAUUUAGAAAAAAGUGGUUGUUAGAAACCCUCAGGCCAAACUCGGGGGUUUCAAUUUAGUUUUUACACAUUUUUUGCGAUCGCGAUGAAUAAUAGACUAUGAUUCAAGACCGCAGACACUCUGGCUGCGGAAAAAAUAGUUUAACUUUAUAGCUGAUUUACGGCUGGCUUGAACCAUCUUGAAAAGGGUCCUGCCACGAAAAGAGAACACAUCCUGGUUGGUGGAGAGCGCAGACAGGCCACGUCUUUUUGCGUCCCAAGCUAGCCGUGAAUCGUCUAUACGAGCAGCUCUUUUUUGAUUCACUUUUGUAUUUACACUAGCGAAAAUGAGUAAUUUUUUUUGUUUGGUUUUUUCGGUCAUAACUUCGUUGAAAAUUAUUUUCGGCCAGAAAUUUUAAAGAAGUUUGUUGUUAAAAGCGAUUUUUUGAGCCUGAAAUUUUUCAAAAGUGAAACGAAGAAGUUUGAGAAAAGAUCCCAAUGAGCGUGUUAUACAAACUUAUCGAGUCAAUGUCCCGAAGUUUCUGUUUUCAAAUCCAAUCUUCUUUUUUUUUCGAUUUGAUGAGCAUUCAAAAAAGAAUCUUUUCGGAGUUAUUUUUUUGGAAUCGGUUCAAAACUCUAAUUCAAAUCAUCAAUAACAUCAUUUUACUUCAUUGGUUGGAAUUUCAGGUCAAAAUUAUUGUUUUUGAAAAAGUUACAGACGAAAACCAAAAAAAUACUCACCCAUUUUCGCCACUAUAUAUCCUCUUUUUCCGCAUUUGAAAGCCUUUUAUCUUCGAAAAUUCAGUCAAUAGCGAUGAUGAAAACUCCGCCUUCCUUACUCAACGUGGCGACGACGGUUUCAAACUCAAGACGGAAGUCGAUCAACUGGGAGGACGGCUAAACAAAAACAGGUACCAGCCCAAUGCUCUUAAAAGCAGCGGAGGGUUUUUUUUUCCCGUGUUGAAUUGCAAAGGAUAAAAUAUAUAACAGUGAAUUCACAAUGGCUCAAAGGCAAAUUGUUUGUGACCUGGUUAAAGCAGGCUUGUGCGGGUCCAGAUUGUCAACCUAUCGGCCUCAAUACAUUCCACAACUUUUGAUAGACUUCAAUGAAACAAGCGAAAAGUAACUUUUCCGUAAAAAUUUCAAGUUAGGAUGAACAUUUUUUUGAUGAAGUUUGAGAACUUUUUUUGAAGCCUGGCUUAGUCCGAGCCCGCGCAAGCUUUAUUGCUUUGGCCUUCAGCUGCUCGGACCUCUGUAACUCAAAUCAAACUCGUCCCGGACGUUUCUUAGAAGUCCUGGUUGACGUUGCGGUUUGCUGUACCGAGGUCCGGGCUUGUGCGUCUUGCUCGGAUAAUUUUCGCCAAUUUUUUUUUGAAGCUAGGCCAGGCUUCGAAAAAUUUUGAAACUUCUUUUUGAAAAAAUUGUAUCCAAACUCGAAUUUUUCACCAAAAAACGCAUAUUUCCAAAUUCGUAGUUUUAUAAUAAUAAUAAUAAUUUAUUCACAGAUCAGUGUGAACCCCAACGAGUUCACUUUGAUCUACAAUUUAAAUAAGGAAAAAAAGUUGAAGUAAAAAAACAAAAAAAUUGAAAUCAGUUAAGUCUUGGUGGAGUAGAGGUAAAAAAAUUCGUUGCGAGGUAAAACGACCAAUAAUUUUUUUCAAAGAAUUAGGUGGAAGAGUGAACUGAUAUUUGGAUGUAAGUUUAUUCCAAAUAGGAAUCGUUUUGAAGAAAAAAAGUUGUUAGAAAAACUGACCUUGAGAACGUAGCCGAAGUGGAUUUCGCCUUAAAUUGGAUCUGAGGGCAAAAUUUUUCGAAUUGAGGAAAGUGAUCAUGACCAGAAAACAAAUUUUUUUGGAGAGUGAGGAGGUCAGAAAUAACUCGUCUAAUGUACAGUGGGGUUUGUUGAAAUUGCUCUAGACGAUCUGAAUAGGAAUCAAAGGAUAGGUUCGACCUAAUGUAAACUUUGCGGGAAAAAAUUCUGAGUGGGGAUUCAAGCUUGUAGCAAAGGUCAGAGUUAAUAGGUGGGUUAAAAACUUCAGAACAAUAUUCCAAUAUAGGUCUGACGUAGGUGUUGAAAAUUUGAAACAGAAGAGCCGGAGAUUUUGUACGAAAACAAUGCAGAAUUUGGUUGGAUCUAAGCGUUGCAAGAGAAACAAUAUUAUUAAUGUGCGGAGCAAGAGUGAGUUUCUCAUCGAUUAGUACACCAAGAUCACGUACAACAGAUUUAUGAGGGAUGGGAACUCCAUUAAUCAAAUAAAUAGUUUUAGGAUUGUGAGGGCCCAGGUGAAUAGCAAAUGUUUUGUUAGCGGCAAGGGGCAAGCCCCAGGUAGAUGACCAUUCAAAAAUAGAGUUUAUACUAUGUUGGAGAGAUUCUGGGUUAGAACCGUAAAUUUUAAUGUCAUCCGCAAAUAGUGAGAUGGAGGUUUCAGGGUCGAUCAAGUUAACAAUGUCGUUGAUAAAUAUCAAGAAAAGCAAAGGCCCAGAUACAGUACCUUGGAGGACACCAGACGUAUUAGCAUAAUUAAAAGUAGAUCGAGAACCAUCAAUGAGCACAGUAGAGCAACGAUCAGACAGAAAGUUUUGUUUCUGUUGAACUUUGAGUAUAAAAAAUAACCAGAAACAUUUUUUUGUCGUAAAAAAAGCUGAUGUUCGACUUGGAGAAACCUUAAGCUUUUUGGGCUUGUUUUUGCUUGAGGUGAUUUAACCAUUAUGCUGACGAGCCGGCCCUCGCACAACUCUGUCUAAGACCUCGGUAACAAAAAUCGAGAGCGCUCUGAACGUUUUUGAGAAUUUCUGGGACAUGUCUGGGCAUUUUUUCUCGUCAUAUUUUUAAACUGACAAGAUUUCAAGCAUUGAACGAACACCAAAAAGAAUGAAAUACGACAAAAGAAGAUACCGCCGUGUUUAAAGCAAUUUCCACAAACUGUCUGAAGAAUUUUUUUGAAUUUCGCGGAAUCACGGGGAAUGAAAAACCCCCAAAAAGAAGAGAAAAAUCGGACAUUGGUAACGCGAAUCGGACGUGUUGGGGUAUUUCUUCUAGUGAUCACUUUAGUAGCGUCAGUAUUCCUAAUGACCCUUAGAAUUGCUCAGGAACGCCCGCAGCACGUCCGUUUUGCGUUAUCAAUGGCCUACUCUACUGAAAUCGUGCAAAGUGCAGUGCCUAUGCUGGCAUUCUGCAAAAAAAGUUGCUUGCAUUCCGCAGAUCAGAGCUUUGUAUUUUUCCCAGAAGAAUCUCGCAUUUCGCAUUUCUUUUUGGGCUCACUUUUGUACAGACGAAAAAAAGUGCAAAAUGCGAGGUACUUCUGUGCGAAAUGCAAAGCACGGAUUUGCAAAAUGCAUGAAUCGUUUUUGCAGAAUGCCUUUAUAAAUUCCGAAAUUGGUCUUUGGCUGGAAAUGUGUUCAAAUAUUUGCACGAAAUCAUGGUUUUUUAAUGAUCUUGCAAGGUUUUAUUUUUUCGAAAUCAGGUAGGUAUUUUUUCUUCAUUAUUCAGCCGUACUUCAACCUUUGCUUCUGGGAUGGAACUCAGACAUUCAUUUUCACUCUGAGAAUGCUAAUUUGACGUCUUUUUAAAAGUUUCUAUUGAAUACCAAUUACCCUUUCCGACGUGUGUUGACACUCGUGCCCUCUCUUCCUCAUUUUUCUCAUUUUACAAGGAAUGAUUCUGAAAGCUCUCUAGAGGCCUUCUGAAGAAGAACUGAAGCUCUUGAACUUUUUUCCGAACUUUUUACUCUUUCCUUUGAAAUUUCAACAGCUCUCUACUUUCUUCCUUUUUCAAAACUUUCCCUCUCUUCUGAAAUAAAAGUUUUUUGAAAGCCUCACCCUUGCCAGCUCCUUCAAAGUUUUUCCUUUUCAAUCUUUCUUUUUUCUGGAAGAAACAAAAUUUUUUGAGAGCGUCUCCAAAUUUCGCUCAACUUUUUUUCUUGUAAAAAUAAUUUUUAAAGGCUUAUGGUCAGUAAAAACGGGUUUUGAGAUCGAGGAAAUGCUUUUUGAGUUUUUUAUUAAUUGUCGGCGGGAAUCAUAACUAUUUUCUUUUUCCAAAACCAGGAACUCCUGUAAACUCUCGAUUAAACGCAUUAAAGAGCUCUACAAAAUGGGAAAUUUAUCUCAGAACCCAUUUCUUACGGCUCAUAUUCCUUCAAGCUUGUUAUGAAUCUUCUCCGAGUCUUUUUCCGCAUUUUUUCCAUUGAUUCUUGUCCAAAAAGCCUUUUGAAAUUAGUUAUAGAUUCUGCGUAAUUUUCUUUCUUGUAGCAACAGCUUUGAAGCUUGCUUUGGACUUUCCCGGAGAACUUUCUCUCAUUUUUUGAAGAUUUCCUGUCCAAAAAACUUUCUGAGGUCGGCUCUAGAUACAUCGGUACUUAUUUUUCUGUGAAAACAACCUUUGAACUUUUUCAAUCUUGUAAAGUUAAUUAUUUUUUUCAUGAUCUAGGCUAUCUCCUUUGAUCACAUUUUUUUUUUCAAUUCUUGUCCAAAGAGGUCAUAGAAGUUAGCUAGAGAUGCUGCAGUUCUUUUCUCCUUGGAAGGACAGCCUCUUUGAAUUUUCUGAGCUUUUCCCGAGCGUUUUUUGCAUCUUAUUCAUCAUUUCCUGUUCAAAAAUGUUUUCAGAGGUCGACUCCGAAUGCUGCUCAACUUCUUCCUCGCCGCCCUGCUCCUGUUCGUUGCCUGCAGCGGUUUGAACAUCAACGACCCGUCGAGAUUAAUGGUUCGUCGCUUCUCAGUGUAAAAAUCAAAGAGCACGUAUAGAAAGCGAAAACAAAGCCAGUGUUCUUUUAGAUUUAUCUAGACAUUAGAAUAUUUAAAAGAUGCAUUGUUUCAGUAUAAUUUUUUUAAUCACAUUGAAAUAUUUUCUCAUUAAAAAAGAAUUUUGAAGGCCAGGCUGACUAAUUUCUGGUCCAAUCAUAUUUUUAGUGGCUAAAAGCCUCUUAACUGAAAAAAAAUGAAAAUCUUUCCAAGGUAUCAAGACGAUGAGUCUUAUUUCGGAGUGGUCUCUAUAGGGCCUCGAAGGCUCCUUUCUAAAUAACACAGUACGUCCCCAAAGGGGCCACUAAAGCUUUCUGAAGUGGCCCCUAUAGAGGAAAUUUUAUCGUUUUGAACUAUAUGAGAAAAAUUUUUCAUAAACUAUAUCAAUCAGCGUUGUUUGAAUAAAACCAGUGGAUAUAUUGGUCGAUUUUAUUUUUAUUUUCAAAUCUUAACAAAAAAACCCUAUAGGGACCACUUGAGUUUUAGGGGCUAAGAGAUAGGAUCCUAAACCCCUAUAGGGACCACCUUAAUUUCACCCCUACAGAGGGGGCUACUUCCUUUAACCCCUAGAGGGGCCACUAUGGCGUUCCUAAGUUUAAUAUCAUUUUUUCCCAUGAAUGACUUCUUCCCAGCAGAAAAUUGUGAAAAAUGAACUAAAAAAAAGAAGUUCAUCCAGCUCAUCCUUUUUUGAUCGUUUCGUUGGUGGGUCAAGGUAAACAAUGGUGACUCAGGUGAUGGAUGGGCGCGAGGCGGAGCCCGAGGUGCAACUGCUGAAGCGAAACUCCCUGCUCGACAACCUCUACAACAUUGGCUAUUAUCGCUACUGA